GGCGGAGGCAUAAACCCUGAUUGCGGAGAAAAAAAAUCGGGGAAGGAGAAAUGAGCGGGACGCCUGAUUUCUACUACAGAGAAGCUCAGCGUCUCGGUUAUGUUGCUCGUUCGGCUUUCAAGUUGCUUCAGAUGCAGAAGCAGUACAAUAUCAUAACCCCUGGCGCGUCUGUCCUUGACCUCGGGUGUGCUCCCGGUGCUUGGCUUCAGGUUGCGUGCCAGAGUUUAGGGCCAUUGGGAAAGGGUGGAAUUGUUUUGGGAGUUGAUGUUAAGAAGGUGAAGGUUCCCUCUAAGCACUGUGAUGCUAGGGUUAAAACUAUAAGUGCUGAUGUUAUGAAACUACCGAUCGAAAAAGUUAGAGCUCAUUCGCCGCAGCAGAAAGGCUUCUCGGUUGUGCUAUCAGAUAUGUGUCCAUUAGUCUCUGGAAUUACAAGCAGAGAUGCAGCUUUGUCCGCAGAAUUGGGGAUGAGAGCCAUUGAUAUGGCAGUCGGGCGCUCAGCUUAUGAUUGUAGUAAUUCGCCGGAGGAUGGUUGCUCAGCCGCGGACGGGCUGCUGCAACCGGGAGGGAAUCUGAUUGUUAAGCUACUUGAAAGUGAAGAUGUUAAAGAAUUCAACCAAAUAUGUAAACCCCUUUUCAAGAAAGCCUCGUGGUUGAGGCCUAAAGCUACGAGAUCAUGUUCGAGGGAGAUUUAUCUGAUUUGCCAGUCGUUGCAAGGGCGAAGAACAUGAACGGAUUC